UGAUUACAUCUGUGCUUAUUCUGAAUACAGUUAUUUUAUUAGCACACUGUGCUCCACGUUGUGACCCCGAGGAGGAAGCUUUAGGGACAUGUAAAACUGAACAGCCAGAAAAACCCACAUGCACGAGUAUUGAUCUGGGCUACUGUGAUGACCUUCCUUAUGCAAAGACAUUGUUCCCUAAUUUACUGGAACAGAGGAACAGAGAUGAAGCUGAACUGAGUUCUGAGUAUGUCCUGUUAAGCGUCAUUGAGACCUUACUUAAGGGCGAAUGUAAUCCUGACCUGAGACUUUUGGGUUGCUCAAUACUUGCUCCAAAAUGUGAGAAUAACAAACUCCUAAAGCCUUGCACUUCUGUUUGUGAGAGACUGAAAAAAAGUUGCCUUCAUGCAUUUGAGGGAAUUGAAAUGGCAUGGCCGUAUUUUCUGGACUGUGAUCGCUUCUUUGCUAGCAAUGAAGAAGGCUGCUUUAAUCCACUAGAGCAUCUUACAGAUCAAAUUGAUGUUGCAGUUGAAACUCAACCUUCUGAAAUGCCCUCUACAUUCCUUCAGUUUACACAUCACACUUAUUCACAGAUGAUAAGCAUUCUGAAAAGAACUGCUGCAAGGUGUUCCCAGAUUUCAAGAACAUAUGGCAUUGGUAGGAGUCAUGAAGGAAAAGAACUUCUAGUCAUUGAAUUUUCGGACAAUCCUGGUCAACAUGAACUACUUGAGCCAGAGUUUAAAUACAUUGCCAACAUUCAUGGAAAUGAAGUUCUGGGAAGAGAAUUGCUCAUCUACCUUGCACAGUAUUUGUGUUCAGAGUAUCGUCUAGGGAAUGAAAGGAUCCAAAACCUUAUCAACUCCACUAGGAUACAUCUUCUGCCCUCAAUGAACCCAGAUGGCUAUGAAGUUGCUUCUGAGGAGGGCCCUGAACAGAAUGGUUGGACAAGUGGACGACAAAAUGCUCAAAACCUUGAUCUCAAUCGAAACUUCCCAGAUUUGACAGUCCUACUUUACCAGAUGAGAAGAGGAAAACGACAGAAAAGCGAUCACAUCCCCAUUCCAGAAUCUUACUGGUGGGGUAAGGUGGCACCUGAGACAAAAGCAGUAAUGAAGUGGAUGAGGACAGUACCCUUUGUACUCUCUGCAAGUCUCCAUGGAGGGGACUUGGUGGCUUCCUAUCCCUUUGAUUUAUCAAGGCAUCCCCUUGACGAGAAGGUAUUUUCGCCUACACCUGAUGACAAGGUUUUCAAAGCAUUAGCAAAGGCAUAUGCUGCUGUGCAUCCUCUUAUGUCAGAAAAAUCAGAAAAUAGAUGUGGUGGCAAAUUCGCAAAGAGUGGUGGGAUAGUAAAUGGAGCUGAGUGGUACAGCUUUGCUGGAGGAAUGGGCGACUACAAUUACCUUGGUUCAAAUUGUUUUGAACUUACCCUGGAAAUGGGCUGUGAGAAGUAUCCUGCAGAAGAUGAAUUGUACACAUCCUGGCAAGAACACAAAGAACCAUUGCUGAACUUUAUGGAAAUGGUGCACGCUGGAAUAAAAGGAAUAGUGAAAGAUGAACAUGGAAAUGGAAUCAAGGGAGCACGUAUUUCAGUAAGAGGAAUUGGGCAUGAUAUUCUAACAGCUGAAGAUGGAGACUACUGGAGACUUCUAACCCCAGGUGUAUAUAUUGUGAGUGCUCAUGCCCCCGGAUAUACCAAGAUGUUAAAGAAAAUCAAUCUACCACCAAACAUGCGCAAAGCUGGAAGGGUCGAUUUUUCUUUGCGGAAGGUUGUGCUAGAGCCUGAUCAGUUUGACCGUUUGUUCAAAGAAGACACUCAGGAGCAGUACGAUCCUUUAGCAAAUUAUGACCCUUAUGAACAAACUCAAUCAAGAGAGCCUGGUGCUGAAGAAGAAGAGGAAAAGAAACCCUGGUGGUGGGGUUACUUUACUAUGGUUGGUGGGAAUCCCCCAACAUGGCUGCUUAAAAGACAGAACUGAAUGCUGUUGACACUGUGCAAAAUUUCUAAGAGACCAUCCACGUGUAACCCUAACAAGUUAAAUAUUUUUUAUAAAUGUAAUAGCCGGAAUAAAGGGUCUAGAAAAAUUUAUAUGAUGCUAUAUUCAGCAAAGAACACAUUCUUUACAUGUCUGAGUCUUGCAUGUGGAUAGAGAGUACUGAUUUUACAUUUUAGUAGAACUGAUUACAAAUAACUAGAUUCAGUAAAAGCACACUAUUAAAAAGUUCAUUGUCUUUUUUAAUUCUAAAAUGAAUGAAUCAGUUAAACUUUUAAUACUGUGACACAAAAUAGAUGUAUUUUAUGUGGCAUUUUUUCAGCAUCUGAAUGCACUAUUCUAGGAUUGUACUUGAUUAAUUAUAAAAAAGUAUAUUGUCUUAAUGCUUUUUUUUCCCUCUGGAUGUUGAAAACUCAUGUAGAUGAGAAUUUUUUUAUAAUAUAAUGAAUGAAACUUAAUUUUCAUCAUUGGAUAACAGUAUAUAUUAAUUUUUCAGUUUAUGAAAACUUUGAAUGACAUUACUGUAUACAAAUUUCGCAUUUUAGUUUUCUCUGUAAGCAAUUUUGUACCAAGUAUUAAAAGUGAGCCACAGUGCUUAAUGGUUUGCGACAAAA